AUGGACUACGAUAACUAUGACGCCGUCCUUCAUUAUGUUUGGGGCCGUACACAAGGAGACGCCUGGUUCAAGCCCUCAGAAGAAAACGUAGCAGCCGGUGUUUGUCUCCGAAUCGCGCAAGGCCAAUUCCGCGUGUUUCCGUACGAAAACCGCUACCUUGCACCAUUCGAGGCAGCCAUCCGUGUCUUGAACCCCCUCGUCGCUGUCAAAGUUAGAAGCGCCGCCAUAAACGCCGCCCUGGCUACCGUGGCCGAAGAUGCUGUGUGCAUGUACCUCGAUUCCGACACGCGAAUCCAAGUACUCGAUACAAUGAGCCAUCUAGUCCGCGCGGACAAGGAACAGUGCGGUGCCUUUCUGCGUGAUGAACGUGUCCUGGUCGUGUGGUCCGACGACCUCGAUAAUAUCAUCCCCCUGUGUUCGGAUUUCGAAGAGAAAUUGAUGAAGCUUGUCUGGCGGUCCCGAGGCACCAUUGCCUCGUCCAUUACAGGAACAUCUGCCGCACCAUCUACUACUGCCUCCGACGAUAAUCUCAAUGCCGAUACGAAGGCAGCUGAAGCCGCUGCCGUGGCCUCGGAGGCUGUUGCGGUCGCUGUUCUUGAAGAACGGGAAAAGCAACCGGGGCAGAAAACGACGAUUGGUCUCUGGAGCUGGAAGUUGUCCGGCAAGUCCAAGGCGGGGAAGCUUUCGGAUCCGGAGAAAGCUUCGCGCAAGUCUGCACGGCCCAUCCGACUUUUUGCCCCCGUAUAUGGAGGUCUCGGUGCAGCAUUGUCCAUAUACUUUAUUGGAAGCGGUAUUUCGACGUUGAUUUCCGAGGUCCGGCUCGACUCUAACUACACAAGAUUUGCGUUGGUCGCCACUACUCCGUUUCUCCUUUGUGUGUCGCUCUUCUUCGCCCUUCAAAUCAUCACGAACCUUUCUUUCGUUCUUGGUCCCGUGGCACAAUACCAUGAAAACUCUCGCUAUUACUCUGCAGUGCCACCCGAGCCUAAUCCGGAACUAGACGCGAAGCUCCCCCACGUAACAGUCGAGAUGCCUGUCUACAAGGAAAGUUUGGAGGAGACCAUUGCGCCCUCGGUAAUGUCCCUCAAGAAAGCCAUGCAGACGUAUGCCCGACAGGGAGGGACCUCCUCCAUCUUUAUUCACGAUGAUGGCAUUCAGCUGAUCAACGAAGCCGAGAGGCAGAAGCGAAUUGCGUUCUAUGCCAACCACAACAUUGGCUGGGUGGGUCGUCCGGGCCACUCGAGCGAACCGGAUGGCUUCAAGCGUGCAGGGCGGUUCAAGAAGGCCUCGAACAUGAACUACGGAUUGGCUCUGUCCCUCAAGCUAGAGGAGAAACUUGCUGAGCUCGAGGCCUCGGAAAAGGCAGCGGGGACCGGCUCGGAUGAUGAAGAAUGUUUAGAGGACAAGGCACUCAAGCUUGCGAUCGAGGAUAUCUACGAAGCGAACGGUAGGAAGUGGAAGCCUUGGGCAUCUAAUGGCAAAUCGCUCCGGAUGGGCGAUGUCAUUUUGAUUGUAGACUCCGAUACUAUUGUUCCCGAGGACUGCUUCAGAGAUGCCGCACGAGAGUUGGUUGAGUGUCCAGAGGUCGCCAUCAUCCAACACGAGUCAGAUGUUAUGCAAGUCGCACACCAUUACUUCGAGAACGGCAUCACGCACUUCACGCGCCGGGUGAACAAAUGUAUUUCCAUGGCCUGUGCGAACGGCGAAGUAGCCCCAUUUGUGGGACAUAACGCCUUCUUGAGGUGGUCUGCGAUCCAAGAUGCGGCUUUCGUCGACCCAGAUGAUGGCGUCAAGAAGAUUUGGUCGGAAAGCAACGUCUCCGAAGACUUUGACAUGGCGCUUCGACUCCAGCUGAAAGGAUACAUCAUUCGAUGGGCAACAUAUUCGGAGAGUGGUUUCAAGGAGGGUGUAUCGCUUACUGUCGAUGAUGAGCUCAACCGCUGGCAGAAGUAUUCUUAUGGCUGCAACGAACUGUUGUUCAACCCGCUGAUUACUUGGUGGCGACUUGGUCCUAUCACGAAGCAGUUGCGCACUUUCAUCUGGUCGGCCGCGCCGGUUCAUUACAAGAUCAGUAUGAUGGCGUAUAUGUUUUCCUACUACGGAAUUGCGGCGUCGGCCAUGUUAUCGGUGCUCAACUACCUCCUUCUUGGCUGGGCUCUCGACGUCGACGGAUACUACAUGCACAGUUUCGAAAUUUGGUUGGCUUGUACCGUUGUUUUCCCGGGCGCUGGAAAUCUUGGGUAUACGUUGCUGGAAUACCGCCUCGGGAAGAGGAGCAUCAUGUCCUCCUUCCUCGAAAAUAUCACCUGGAUCCCGUUCUUCUUUUUCUUCUUCGGCGGCCUCAGCGUGCAUCUCAGUGUCGCCCUACUCGCUCAUAUGUUCUCCUAUAAUAUUACGUGGGGUGCCACUGCUAAGGAAGUCGAAAGAUCCAAUUUCUUCCUUGAAGUCCCCAAGAUCUGGAAGCGCUAUUGGCCCGUUAUCAUUCUGGCGCUCAUUGGCGUUGGUGCGAUGAUCGUGCUAUCUCUGUCGUUUAUCCCAGCAGGAUGGCGUAUUCCGGGAACUUCUUGGGCUGUCAUCCUUCCUCUUGCCAUUGUAAUUUCUUUGCAUCUGCUGUUCCCUGUCGUUCUCAACCCAUGGCUUAUGAUUUUCUCAUACUGA